AAGCCUAUGCAACCAAUUAACUUGUUUUCUCGCCCGUCCUCGGGAGAAGAGCUCCUUGUUUUUAGAAUACCAUUGGUCAUAAAAUAAUUAACGUUGGAAAAAUAGACCCAAAACAACCCUCAAACCGGAAGCGGCUUUCCCCCACCUUUCUCCAUCCUUCUGGGGGCGGUAGGUGGUGUACCAAUGCACUUAGGAUAUCUGUUGCCCAUGUACCAAGAGUCACAACGAGAGCUUCAAGUGUAGAACCCUGCCUGCUAAGUAGGCUAUCAUCGGGUGUCUCUCGUAGUCCCUGUGGUCAAGUCACUCGGCCUCUGCUGAGCAAGUGGAAAGCAUCCUGCUUUUGUAAAGUAUGAAGAAAACCCAUCUCUAGUGAAGGAAAUAUGGCGGAUAAAAGAAAACUACAGGGUGAGAUUGAUCGGUGUUUGAAAAAGGUUUCGGAAGGAGUUGAGCAGUUUGAAGACAUCUGGCAAAAGCUUCACAAUGCAGCAAAUGCCAACCAGAAAGAGAAGUAUGAGGCAGACUUGAAGAAGGAGAUUAAGAAGCUACAGAGAUUGCGGGACCAAAUAAAGACAUGGGUAGCAUCCAAUGAGAUCAAAGACAAAAGGCAGCUUAUUGACAACCGGAAGCUAAUAGAAACCCAAAUGGAAAGGUUUAAAGUGGUAGAGAGGGAGACAAAGACGAAAGCGUACUCCAAGGAAGGACUUGGUCUCGCUCAGAAGGUGGACCCAGCCCAGAAGGAGAAGGAAGAGGUUGGCCAGUGGCUAACGAGCACGAUCGACGCGUUGAACAUGGGAGUUGAUCAGUUUGAAAGCGAGGUGGAAUCUUUGUCGGUACAAACAAGAAAAAAGAAAGGAGAUAAGGAUCAGAAGCAGGACAGGAUAGAGGGGCUGAAGCGGCACAUAGAGAAGCAUAGGUACCACAUCCGAAUGCUGGAGACCAUCCUGCGAAUGUUGGACAACGACUCCAUCAAUGUGGAUGCGAUCCGGAAGAUCAAAGACGACGUCGAGUAUUAUGUGGACUCUUCCCAAGACCCUGACUUCGAGGAGAAUGAGUUCCUGUACGAUGACCUUGAUUUAGAAGACAUUCCACAGGCGCUGGUAGCUACUUCCCCGCCAAGCCACAGUCAUAUGGAGGAUGAGAUCUUUAACCAAUCUAGCAGCACUCCCACCUCAACUACAUCAAGUUCCCCUAUCCCACCCAGUCCGGCCAACUGUACCACGGAAAAUUCUGAAGAUGAUAAAAAGGUUCGGGGCCGAUCGACAGACAGUGAAAUUAGUCAGUCACCUGCAAAGAAUGGCUCAAAAAGUGUUCACAACAACCACCAUCCGCUGUCCCCGGCUGUGACUACAAGUUACCAAAUAGGAAGCAAUUCCAGCACAUCGUCUUCUCUUGGGAACGGGCCGGGAACCAACAGCAAUGGAGCCGUAUCUAACAGCAGCAGCAACAGCAGCAGCAGCAGCAACAGCAGCACGGGCAGCAAUAGCGGGAGCAGCAGCAAAAACAACCCAACCGCAGCGCACACGCCUGGUACACCCACCCCGUACGCACAGGCGGUGGCACCCCCGCCAUCCAACACAAACACCUCCCAGCCGAGGCCACCCAGCGCCCAGCAGAACUCGAGCAAGCAGAACGGAGCCACAAGUUACAGCUCGGUGGUGGCGGAGAACUCUACAGACUCCGCUCUCAGUAACAGCGGCCAGCCGCAAUCCAACCAGUCCGUGAUCCACAACCCCCCGGCCAGCACCCCGAAGGAGCCCAGCAGCGUGCCUCCGCCGCCCAGCAGUGGUAGUAGCAACAGCACUGCACCCAGUUUAUUGCUGCCCUUAACUGUAAAUCCUCCAAGUUCACCCACGCCGACCUUCAACGAGCCAAAACCUAGCCAGCCGCUACUGAAUGGGCCGCCGCAGUUCAACUCUACGCCAGAGAUCAAGGCACCGGAGCCGCUGAGUACAUUGAAAUCAAUGGCAGAACGAGCAGCUAUUGGAUCGAGCUUAGAAGACCAAGUUCCUACCAUUCACCUGGCUGAACGAGAAAUCCUCAUCACUACAACCGCAACGCAGCCUCCUGUCACGCAGCCCCCGACGCAGCUUUCUGAAGUGAACAUCCCGCUGUCGCUGGGUGUGUGCCCGCUGGGUCCUGUCCCACUUACUACAGAUCAGCUUUAUCAGCAAGCAAUGGAAGAUGCAGCUUGGCAUCAUAUGCCUCACCCGUCUGACUCUGAAAGAAUACGACAGUACCUCCCGCGGAAUCCAUGUCCAACACCCCCAUAUCACCACCAGAUGCCACCGCCUCACUCGGACACGGUGGAAUUCUAUCAGCGACUCUCCACCGAGACACUCUUCUUCAUCUUCUAUUAUCUGGAGGGCACUAAAGCACAGUAUUUGGCGGCCAAAGCGCUGAAGAAGCAAUCCUGGAGGUUUCACACCAAAUACAUGAUGUGGUUUCAGAGACAUGAAGAGCCCAAGACAAUAACAGAUGAAUUUGAACAGGGCACAUACAUCUACUUUGACUACGAGAAAUGGGGCCAGAGGAAGAAAGAAGGAUUCACAUUUGAAUAUCGUUAUCUGGAAGAUCGUGAUUUACAAUGACUUCUCCAACACAUUCAGCCUUCCAGUUUGACACGGGCAACACAGCAACUGAGGAAUGGAGAGGGGAGGGAUGGAUGAGCGUCUUCUCUGUCCCGUUCCCACACAGCGUUGGGAGGAGGGAAAA